AUGGAUAUUCCACUGGGAGGAGACACUUUGCACACGGCCAAACAACGGAAACCCUCCAGUCCUGCCCAUUCUCCCACCAAUGGUAAUGGUAUCACCCAGAAUACUACUAUUAGCAUGAACAACAACAAGCCCAAGAUGCUGCGAAAACGAACGCCACGAAAACAAUAUGGGGUAGCUGGCGUGUUGUUCGUGGUGGGUAUCCUGUGGAACAUGAGCGCUCCCCGCCCCAUUCCCCAUUCGGCCAACGUCAAGACGACGAUUGACUUUGUCACGUCGGGCAACAUGAAGAGCGGCACGAGCACGUUGCUGUAUGCGUUCAAUGACCAUCCGGAAGUGGAACACCCCGACUACGAAAUGUGCUUUGUCUUGGGACCUUCCUUUCUGGGCAAGUGGGGAUUGAAUCGCAAUUUUGCCGCCUUGCAAGAACGCGCAUUGACAUCGAAAAAACCUAAAAUGGCCAUGAAAUGUCCCCUCAUUGGCUUCAAUCGCAAUGCCGUGCAACGACUGCAUCAACACUCUCCCAAUGCCAAAUUCCUCUUGACGCUGCGGCAUCCCGUGUUUACCAUUGAAAGUCUCUACAAUUAUUGGGUCAUUUGGUCUUACAAAUGGAAUAUACCAGGCUUCUUGAUACCCUCCUUUCGAAUGUUCCAAUUCUUGGAUCCGGCAUUGUCGGCGGGCUCCAAUUCUUGGAAGGGACUCUUUUUUAUUACUCGAUUCGAAGAACACUUGGCCAAUUAUAAAACGACCGUAUUGCGUGACUUUAACAAACAACAAAAACAAAACAAACAACAAAAGCGACAACCAGUCAUUCAUCUCAUGGCAAUGGAUCAAAUGAAGGAUAAAAAUGAAACGCGAAAUCACCUGUUUCUCCAAUCCAUUCAAGACUUUUUAGAGCUGAAAAAACCCUUGCGGUCGCUGGCCAAUCCGGAAAACAAGAACCACUUUGUCGGAGAACGGGCGUUUCCGGAAAUUAUCGAUAUUUGCGACGACACCAAGUUCCUAAAAGUCCGUCAACGCAUUUUAAAGCAUGCCCAUCAUACAAUCGAAUGGAUGCAAACCAAUUUCUUGACCGAACCCGGUGUCCAAGUGGCCAAUCGAGACCAUUUUGUGGAAAUUAUGAAAUCGUGGACCAAAGAUCCUUGUCCAGAACGAACGGAACGGCGGAGUUGUAUCAGUGGCCAUUGCCAGAAAAAGUAUGAAUGA